AUGACGCGCGGCGCGUCUCGCCCCCGUCCUCCGGCACGCGGCAGCGGCGGCGUCGCGAGGGCUUCCGCGGGCCCCUGGCGCGCGUCGACGCUCGCGGUGGCGGCCGCGGCGGCGUUGUCGGUCUGGACGCUCGACCCGACCUCGCAUGUCGAGCAUGUCCGUCGUCCGGCGGGCGCAUCAGCGCUGCGCGCGCCGGGCCACUGCCCGCUCGGCGUCGCGUGGGACCCAGGGGGGCGCUGCUUACAGACCCGACUGCGCGCCGUCCCCGCACAACGGCAAGGCAGCGGCCCCCCGGGCAGAAACACAGAUCGUGUCGGCGUCGGCGGCCGACGGUGGGCGCUGAUCGUGCUGGGACGUCCAGCGCGGGGAGGAGGGGCGCGCCACUGUGGAGCGGUCGGCGGCUGGCCGUCGGCUUACGCGCGCUGGUCGCCCGCGCCAGACGGCGCUCGCUUGAUCGCGGCGACGCCGUCGUCGCUGUUCCGCGUGUGGGAGACGCGCGCGUGGACGUGCGAGCGAUGGACGGACGUCCCCGGCCGCUGCCAGGCAGCCUGCUGGAGCCCCGACGGAUGCACGCUCUUCUUCGCGACGCUUUGCGAACCCACGAUCUUCUACCUGAAGUUCCGGCCGCCGCCGGACGACGGACGCCCGAUCGGCGGUGGCGCGGCGACCGCGGUGGCAGCCGUCGACCUGUCGGAGGUGGUCGUCGACGACGACGGCGAGAAGACGACUGUAGGGGGCGCCGUGCGCGAUAUGGCGUGGGACGAGAGCGGGGAACGGCUCGCGGUGAUGUUCCGCGGCGAAGACCAGCGGUUCGUGGCCGUGUUCCGAACGCGCGUUCGCCCCGUCGUCGACGUGACGCCAUGCGGACUCGUGGGAGGGGAGCCGGGAGAGUCGCCGCGCGCGAUCGCCUUCCGCCCCGGCUUCCAGAAGGGGGCGCUGCUGACGGUGUGCUGGAGCAGCGGGCGAGUGUCGUUCGUUCCGAUGUUUUUCGUGUCGUCGGCGGCGAUGGCGCAGGGCGGCCGCAUCCCGUCGCCAGGUGGCGCCACUAACGGCGGGCUGCGCCACCGAACCGCCUUGUUCACGACCGAGUGAUGGCGCGGGUACGGUGCUGCCCCCCGGGUGGCCGACGUGCGAGAUGGAACCUGGAAUUCCAUUAGAGGAAUUGUGCUGAUUUAGAACCUUGAUUAUCAAUAUAAGGAAUAUUAUGACUUGCCUUGGGUUGUUCUGUUCCAUUGAUAGUUGGAGAGAGAUGGUUAGAAAUGUGACCUAAGACAUGUGAAUCCUAAAAGUAUAGUAUGGAAAUAACUCGCAUUGUGAUUUGUUCUUAUGUAAAUCCUAACCUAGCGGAGGCUUGAUAAACUUUGAUAUUACAUUGAUAACAUGGCAUUAGAUUUGAUGAUAAUUUUCUUGAGAUUGAGGAAUAGAUAUUACCAGGAGUGUAUAAUAUAGAUUAUAUAGAUAGAUAUAUCUAUAUUAUACACUCCUGAUAUUACUGUAGAUAAAAUGUUGUAGUUACUCGACAAUCUGUAUUAAGUUCGCGAAAUGUGGGUGUGUUUGAUAAUCGACUAUUUGCACAUAUAACUGUAUUCAUCUAUUAAGUUGAAAUAAAUCGUAUUUUGUGAUGACACGUACGA